CACACCAGUCCCAUGUCCGAGUCACCGAUAUGCAUUCGAUCCUGCACAUCUCCUCCUCCUUACACUCGUCUCAGCGUGGAAGAUGUCUGAUGCAGUGACUUUUGCGGCCUUUUUCUACGGCACACUCUUGCAUCCUUCCAUCCUUCGUCGUGUUAUCGGACACGACGGCGACGAGCUACAAAUUUGUUCUGCACUUUUACUUGAGCAUACGAGGCAUCAGAUCAAACAUGCAGACUAUCCUGCCGUGAUUCCGUACAGCAAGAGCCGUCAACUAUUUGAUCGUGACCUUUCUCCUGAGGAACGUACAGUCCGCGGGACUCUCGUCACGGGCCUCAGCAAAUCUGAUGUCCAGCUUCUGGACGUUUUUGAGGGAGACCAAUAUACACGAGAAUCUGUUCCCGUGCAUCCGCUCGGAUCAUUCAUGUCGCUGCAUGCCUCCAUUUUCGACCCAUCCGUCGCUCCGCUUACUGCACCUCCCUUGCCACCGCUCGACUCACUGUCUCCCGCCAUUCCGGCGCAGACCUACAUCUGGGCUCAGCCAUUGUCCGAUCUGUCCCCCUCAAUCUGGGAGUACGCUGACUUCGUUCGCGAGAAUGCGUGGAAGUGGGUCGGAGACGGUGCACGUGGGAACACAGAUUACAUCGAGGUGGAUCGCAGGAGGGCGAUGAAUGGAAAUACAGCUAGAAGGGAGGUUGUUGACAUAGAGGGACAGGACAACAAGACUGAGAAGACCUUCAUAGAGGUAUCGAAGACCCCGGAUUCGGUAGAGGUGUAGUUCAUCGGGAAAAUCAAGAUUCCACUUAUCUAUGCUUGAU